AAGACGGAAGCUAAGGAACUUCAAGCACUAACUCGAUUGUCUACAAUACAUCCCAAAGAAGUCAACUGCUUCUCCCAUCAUCAUCAUGCUCGCCGCACACAUCAAAAAACCACAAGCUUCCCAAUGUACCGAGCCAUUGUCAACUCCUUUGGCCCCGCAAAAGAUGUAGUCCAAAUCGAGGACUACGAACCCUCCCCGCCGGGCCCAGGACAAGUCCGCGUCCGCAUGCUCCUCGCGAGCAUCAACCCCUCGGACCUGGUCACCAUCUCAGGCGCCUAUCCUUUGAGAACGACUCUCCCCCACGUCCCAGGCUUCGAGGGCGUCGGCGUUGUAGAAUCUCUCGGCGAGGGCGUGGCUGAUUUGACGUUGGGCCAACGCGUGUUGCCGCUUGGGGGCGCGGGGGUGGCAGACGAUGAGGAUCGUUGAGGAAAAGUGGUGUUUUGCUGUGCCGGGGGAUUUGGGGGAUGAGGAGGUUGCGAUGGCGUAUAUUAAUCCUCUUACGGCGUUGAGGAUGGUGAGGGAGUAUGCGCCGUCG